CCUGAUUGGCCACAUCGAUCACGCCCACCCGCUUCGGGACAAUGCUCUUCUGCCUCCACCACGGGUUGCUUGACUGACUGAUUGAUUGAUCCAUCGAACACCCCUUGGAGGCGAAAAAAAACUUUGGAGAGUAACAUAGCUCAGAGAGGGCAAACUGGUCAAUCCUGCCUCUAGCGGCCGCGUGCCAUCUUCUAAGCAGCAGCUCGCUGCUCUUCUAUUGGCUGAAGCCUCUAAUAAUAACAGGGACUAGGCCCCAGCUUCCUUUCCCUCUGCUUAGAAGACGAGCUUGCUUGACUCCUCGUCAUCUUUCCCCACCAAACCACCUCGCUGCCUCUGCUUUCCUUCGCUCACUCACCUUUCUUUCCACCAAACCUCCGCCUCACAACCCGCCGACAAGUUCGGCCGAGCAUUCACUUCAGCGUCUACUCGACGUACAAAUACAUCGACAGCCGCCCCGCGACUCAACCCCGCACCCCCACUGCCGGCCAACCAUCCCAAUCACUUUCUCUCAAACCUCGCAAAUAUGAGCGCUGGUGCAAAGAAGCGCAUCAUGAGGGAAUACGGCGAGUGUCUUGCCGACACCCCUCCCGGUAUGAAGAUCAACUUCGACGAGCAGAACAUGACAAAGUGGGAGGUUCUCCUCGAUGGUCCCGAUCAAUCUUACUACGCCGGCGGUCACUUCAAGCUGGAGAUCAACUUCCCCAACGAGUACCCCUUCAAGCCCCCAGUCGUCGCUUUCAAGACCAAGAUCUACCACCCCAACGUCUCCAACGACGACAAGGGCUCCAUGUGUCUCGGUCUCUUGCGCCCUGAUGAGUGGAAGCCGCCGAACAAGGUCGUCGCCGUUCUCCGCCUCAUCCAGACCCUGCUCAUCGAGCCCAACAUCGAUGACGCCAUCGAACCCAGCAUCGCCAACGAGUACAAGGAGAACCGCAAGGAGUUUGAAAAGUCGGCCAAGGAUUGGGUCAAACGGUACGCAAAAUAGACC